UGUAAUGGCGGCGAGUGAAAUGGUGCAGGAGUCCUGCAAGAAUAAGAAGCGUAAAGCAAGCACCGCAGAAAUGAGUCCUGAUGGGCUGACUAGACAUUCUUUCCAAGAGUGUUUCUCUUCCUUAAUCGAGUCGAUCACAAAAUUUAGCACUGAGAUAAAAAUAAACCCUGAGGUUUUAAGGAUCAGUGCCAAUCUGAGUGCUGUUAACUUCCCUCAACUACAACCAUCCCAUGUGUACAACUGUUUACAGCAGCACAUCUCCAAGCUGCAGACCGUGUCAGUACAUCUGAAAGAAAUAUUGGCUGCUGAGAGCCCAUCUGAUUCAGCCAAUAAUGAAAAAACGGAGAACUCCAAGGAUAGGUUGGCAUCUGAAGAAGAGAUAGUGGUAGACAAAGAGCUUUUUCCUACCACAUCACAACACACUGCUUCAAAAGACAAAGUGACGUUCCAGCCUGAUGACUGCAGAUCUGUUCAAAUCAAAGCCGGCAAAGCUGAGAUUGAACGUAGGAUCUCUGCAUUUAUAGAGCGCAAACAGCUGGAGAUCAAUGAAAACAAUGUGCGGGAGUUUUGCAAUGUGAUCAGCUGCAAUCGGGAAAACAGUUGUGCCAGAACAGAUGCAGUCUUCACACCCUAUCCAGGUUUCAAGAGUCAUGUCAAAGUGACCCGAGUGGUGAACACGUAUGGGCCCCAAACCCGAGGCGGGCGCUCUGAGCAGGGAGAGCAGCAGCAAGGCUCAUAUAGCAGAGACUGUGGAAACCCUGUCAUUGAGGAACGGCUGCACAACAUAGAAGCUCACCUGAAGCUAACGGCAGCAGGUCCUGUGCCUCAGAGCAUUUACCAGCGGCUGAAGAAGUUAGAGGAUCGAAUCUUGGAGCUUGAGGGUCUUUCCCCGGAGUACUUCCACUCCACGAGUUAUUCUCACAAACGUCAGAAAAUCUCAGUUUCUCAGAGCUACAGCCUGUCCGAGAUAGAUGGGAAGAUCAGCGCAGUUAGAAGUGCUUUGCUGAAGAGAGCGAGCGAGUUCCAGUCCAGAGAUGUGAGGGAGUUUCCUUUCUGACAAACACACGGAUGAUAAACAGUGUACCUCCAACCUGAAGAGUUGUCGUCUUCUUUUUUUUUUUUUUUCUUUCUUUCUUUUUUUGUACAAUUGAUAUCAUGAAUUGAAAAUGAACACUGUUUUUGCUUGCUACUCAUCUGAUUUGUGAGUUGAGAGCACCUGUACACACUGUCAUUUUCAUUUUUGUAAAUAGAUUUUUUUUUUCGUCUGCAAAGGCAUUGAGUGUUGAAUAUUGAAUAUUUUGCACACAGACAUACCACACAUUCACAUUUUUAUAGAGUCUGAGGCUAAUAUUUUUCAGAAUUGUGAUUGUUUCAUCACUGCUAGCUUUGGUCCAAUGAAUCCGUUUAUAAGAAGAGUAUUCACUCAUUUAUCUCAAGUAAAUGUUUUCCCUUGUGCAUUCUGGGAGUGCUGAGUAUGUGUCAUGUUUUUCUGAAAUAGGAGGAAACAGGAGAACCAGAAUGAAACCCACACAUACGAGAGGAGAACUCUGCCUUUUCCACCCAUAUGAUUAAUAGAGAAAUAUUACUAUGUAAAAUGUAAUAAAAAAACCAGCAGACAACAGUCUACAGAGAAUUUUUAACAACUUAAACAAUAUUUCCUUUUUUUUUUUAUAUAUAUUCUGUCAUUUCUAGCUCAGGUCUCAAAACCCAGCUUUUCUGGAACAUGUGCCUGACUUAUAUUUUUUAUAUAUUUUUAUUUGUAGACAAAUGAUUUUAUAAUGCUGUGAUGAACAGAUCUGUAGCUCUGUAGCAAAAUGCCUUAAAGAUAAAUGAUAGAAAAAUCAUUGUGUGUGUGUGUGUGUGUGUGUGUGGUGAGAGAGCAGACUGAUUGUGGGAUGGCAGGCAGUGUGCGAUCAGAGCGCGGUUGUGCAUUUCUGCUCACCUCUGCAGCCUGCCAUUGCAACAAAUGACCUGAUUACGGAUUCCCCACGCUAUGAACAGACAAUUAGCCUGCAAAGAUUGCUCCCUUUCUUCUGACCAAGAGCCUGUGUGAAGCCACAUGUGCAGCAGUUCACCCAGGAGCUCCAGUCACAUUUUGCCCUAUCUAGGACGAGUUGAUUACAGUGAUUUGAGCCUCUGUGUUCAUUGCGUUAUACACUGACCACUGUCUGCUGUGUUUGAAAUUCAUGACUAAUGAGACGAUUCUUUUGUUGUGGAGGAAAUUAGAGUUUAGAUGAGUGGAAUGGUAAGAUUAGCACAACAAUGACUAAUCAAUGGCAGAAGCUGACAGUGGUGUACAGGACAGAAGGAUUUGCUGGUGUCAUUUUUAAAAGCACAAAGUAUGUGCACUGUAAUAAUGAUGUAUAAUCAUAUAUAAUGUACUGUAGCAGCACUAUAGCAGUGGCAGGUGUGUGGUUUUUGCAGUCGUUCUAUGUAUAUAUAGGUCUGAACAACAGUGAAUUGAUUUGUUGAGUGUUAUGAGGGGGUUGUUUUCAGUUCUUUAACCUGGGGUUAAUGUGUCAUUAAGCAUUUGGCUGUUUUUUCUUCAU